AUGCACACCUGGGUGUCUCGAGGUCCUCUUCACAAGCUGACCGUUGUGCCUGGCCCUUUUCUCUCCAAAGGCCUGACAGGCAGGCAUGAAGCAAGCUUGGAAGGGAAUCGGGAACAUGAGCCUUUGCUGAGAACUCGCCUUGCCUUCGUGAGCCUCUGGGCCCCUUUCUCCCAAGCUAGACUGGAGAAAAUUUUAAAGAGUGGAUUUUGCCAUCCGUGCCGCAAAGAAGAAACAGUGACUUUUGCCCUCUUAACGUCCAAAGAAAGGAAGGACAACACGGAGGUGUCCUGGAUCCCUCUGUGGGCCCUGAGCUGCUAG